GGUUAUGUUUUUAUAAAAGUGUACUCAUCUGCGCCUCACUCGUACAUAUUUAAAGGAAAGGCGCUGUAUUAAACGUGCUUUGCGAAAACAAAUCGCUCAAAAAAUUUAAUUCGGGAUAAAUUAGCUUUAAAACAAAAACAACCAUGGCUGACGCGGGCAAUAAGGAAUCUUCAGUUACAAAAGUCCCUAUGAUUUAUGUUUGUGGAGAAUGCCACCGGGAGAACGAAAUUAAACCAAGAGAUCCUAUAAGGUGCCGAGAAUGUGGAUACAGAAUUAUGUACAAGAAGCGAACAAAAAGAUUGGUUGUCUUCGAUGCUCGUUGACGAAGAUUGGUGAAAUGGACGAGUGUGUAUUUUAAGAUAUUUUUGUAACUACAUUUCAACAUAAGAUAAAUAAAAGUCUAAGAUAA